AUGCUGCCCAUCACGGACUCUCUGCUGCACCUGCUGGGGCUGGAGAAGACAGCCUUUCGAGUGUGCGCCGCGUCGGCUCUGCUGCUAUUGCUCCUCUUUUGGCUCUUCCGCCGGCUACUGCGGGUGUUCAAAUUAUGCUGGGACUUCCGCGCCCUGUGUCGCAGGCUGAGCUGCUUCCCAGAGCCUCCGGGCCGCCACUGGCUGCUGGGCCACGUGAGCAUGUAUCUCCCCACUGAGAAAGGCCUUCAAAAUGAGAAGAAAGUGCUGGACACCAUGCACCACAUCGUCCUGGCAUGGGUUGGACCUUUCCUGCCUCUGUUGGUGCUUGUCCAUCCUGACUACAUGAAGCCUGUGUUGGGUGCCUCAGCUGCCAUUGCACCCAAGGAUGAAUUUUUCUAUAGCUUCCUGAAGCCCUGGUUAGGGGAUGGACUUUUGCUCAGCAAAGGGAACAAGUGGAGCCGGCACCGCCGCUUGCUCACGCCUGCCUUCCACUUUGACAUCCUCAAGCCCUAUAUGAAGAUCUUCAACCAGUGCACCAACAUCAUGCACGCUAAAUGGCGGCGGCAUCUGGCAGAGGGCUCGGUGGCCUCCUUUGACAUGUUCGAGCACAUCAGCCUCCUGACCCUGGACAGCCUUCAGAAAUGUGUGUUCAGUUACAACAGUGACUGCCAGGAGAGAAUGAGCGAUUACAUCUCUUCCAUCAUCGAACUGAGCGCCCUGGUGGUGCGACGGCAAUACCGCCUGCAUCACUACCUGGAUUUCAUCUACUACCUCACAGCCGACGGGCGACGCUUCCGUCAGGCCUGCGACACCGUACACAAGUUCACCACCGAAGUCAUCCAGGAGCGGCGUCGUGCACUGCGCCAGCAGGGUGCCGAGGCGUGGCUGAAGGCCAAGCAAGGCAAAACCUUGGACUUCAUAGAUGUGCUGCUGCUAGCCAAGGAUGAAGAGGGAAAGGAAUUGUCUGAUGAGGACAUCCGGGCUGAGGCAGACACGUUCAUGUUUGAAGGUCACGACACAACAUCUAGUGGGCUGUCGUGGGCGCUGUUCAACCUGGCGAAGUAUCCCGAGUACCAGGAGAAGUGCCGGGAAGAGAUCCAAGAGGUCAUGAAGGGCCGGGAGCUGGAAGAGCUGGACUGGGAUGACCUGACUCAGCUGCCCUUCACCACCAUGUGUAUCAAGGAGAGCCUCCGACAGUUCCCACCUGUGACGCUCAUUUCUCGAAGAUGCACCAAGGACAUCAAGCUGCCAGAUGGGCGCAUCAUUCCCAAAGGUAUUAUCUGCUUGCUCAGCAUCUAUGGGACACACUACAACCCUUUAGUGUGGCCUGACUCUAAGGUAUACAAUCCUUACCGCUUUGACCCAGAUACCCCACAGCAGCGAUCCCCACUGGCCUACGUACCUUUCUCAGCAGGUCCCAGGAACUGCAUUGGGCAGAGCUUUGCCAUGGCAGAGAUGCGAGUGGUCGUGGCGCUGACCCUGCUGCGCUUCCGCCUGAGCGUGGACCGAACGCGCAAGGUGCGGCGGAAGCCAGAGCUCAUUCUGCGCACCGAGAACGGCAUCUGGCUCAACGUGGAGCCUCUGCCCCCGCGGGCCUGA